UCCCCUCUCGGACGGACGGACGGACGACCCCCACGGCCCCCAGCCCGGGCCCGGCCUCGUCGGGUGGAUCUCUCGGCUGGGCAGCUGGGUGGUGAGGGCACAGAGCUGAGUGGCUGCCAAGUCCGUGCCCCCCAACACCCCCCAGCACCCCCGGAGGAUGAACAUCCUGGCACCAGUGCGGAGGGACCGCAUCCUGGCGGGGCUGCCCCAGUGCAUGCGGCAGGAGGCCGCCCUGCACACCCACGGAGACUUCCACCCUCGCGUCAGCAAUGCCUGCCAGGAGCAGAGAACGGGCACCGUGGGCAGGUUUAAGAUCUCCAAAGUCAUUGUGGUGGGGGACCUGUCUGUGGGGAAGACUUGCCUGAUAAACAGGUUCUGCAAGGACACCUUUGACAAGAAUUACAAGGCCACCAUCGGGGUGGACUUCGAAAUGGAGAGAUUUGAGGUGUUGGGUGUCCCCUUCAGCCUGCAGCUCUGGGACACCGCGGGACAGGAGCGAUUCAAGUGUAUCGCGUCCACUUACUACCGCGGGGCCCAAGCCAUCGUCAUUGUGUUUGAUGUGAACAACGUUGCCUCUCUGGAACACACCAAGCAGUGGCUGGCCGAUGCCCUGAAGGAGAACGAUUCCUCCAACGUGCUGCUCUUCCUCGUGGGCUCCAAGAAGGAUCUGAGUACACCGGCCCAGUAUGGGCUCAUCGAGAAGGAUGCUGUCCGCGUGGCCCGGGAGAUGAAAGCGGAGUACUGGGCUGUCUCCUCUCUCUCUGGGGAGAACGUGCGUGAGUUUUUCUUCCGCGUGGCGGCCCUGACCUUUGAGGCCAACGUGCUGGCAGAGCUGGAGAAGAGCAGUGCCCGGCGCAUCGGGGAGGUUAUCCGAAUCAACAGCAAUGACAGGGACCUGUAUCAGACGACGGGCAAGAAGAAAGCCAAGUGUUGCCAGUGAGCAGCAGGUCCCCAGGAUCCCUCAGGGCCCGGACCAGCCCGGAGUGGAGUUCUGCAAUGGCCCCGGCCCUGCCCCCACUAGCCACCCUCAACCCUCCAGAGCCUGGUUGGACUUGGGUCAGCACAAAGCCAUCCUGACCAGGUCGGGGAAGAAUCCGGGUGGACUCUCAGGCCCCGGCAGUUCCCCGUUUGGGACGGAAGUGAGCCGGGCCCAGGUGGGAAAAGUCUGGAACUACCCUACUGGGGGGCCGCUCUGGAGCCUGGCAGCUGACCCAAGGGCUUCUAGAUCCUCAAGGCAACUUUAUGCAACAAGCACCACUCCGCUCACCUCCGGCGUGGCUCCCAAUCGCUUCCAGUUUGACCGCGCCCCGGUUGCCUCUCCAACUCACGGUUGGCGUGGGCAGCCUCCGGUGCCAGACUGGACAGGGGAGGGGCAGCUCUGGGCCUAGCUUGGCCCUGGAUUCCUAGCAAACCCAGAGCUCUGAGGCUGGAGCCAGGGUGCCUGCCCCGGGCUGGACUGAUCAAUAUUUGCACUGUACUUUUUUGCAGACCAAAGAGCUGACCCUUCUGCCAGGGGAAAGCACCUGCUGGGCAUUGGCACUGCCAUGGCGUUGUUCCUCCUUCUCUGCCCCGUUCCCCCCCCACCCCACCCGGGGUACAGCUCAGCAGGCCAAACUAUGGGGCCGGAGGGGUCACUGAGCUUGGCUGAGUCCCCAGGCACCAUCAAGCUAUGGCAGAACUGCCCCGGAAACCACCCUCCCCCUGCCUCUCUCAUGCAAUAAAAUCCUGUUUGUACUCAG